AUGUCAGGUCUAGAAAUUGACGACGAUCAGUCGUCAGUAGCCUCGUUUCCCUUGCCUCGUGAAGCAUACCUAAAAGGCCCACCUUCUGCGGUAAUGAGUAGCGGACCUUCUGCAAUGUCUGCUGUGACACAGCAUACAAUGCAGCCUCCCCACGAGGCAAACGUAAAUUUCAAACCAACCACGACCGCAGUUUCGAAGAACUCCAAACUAAAGUUGCAUGUGUUGCUCGACUCGACUAUUUAUACGGCUGGCGGAACGCUGAAUGGGAGGCUAUUGUUGGCGUGUUCAACCUCGCGGUCGGUGAAACUAGGUGAAAUUUCUGUAGAGUUGACCGCUUAUGAAGAAUUAACAACCCGUGAAUGCACCGCCACCCAAUCGUUUCUCUCUUCACGUUUGGUUUUCCAAGGAUCAAGUCUACCACCAUCUAAUGCUGUUCAUGGUGCCAAAGACGAAAAUGGGUAUUGGUUGGCGAAAAAGGGAAAAACUACGUUUCCGUUCUCGUUUAAGAUACCUAUUGACGCACCAAGUUCGGUGGUGUACGGUAAUGUGGCGAGUUUGAGAUAUAUCGUGACUGGUGUAAUUCAACUUCUCUACAACAACAAAGAAGACACAAUUUUCAAAUCAAAAGAAGCAUUUGUGGUAGAAGCAUGGGACGGGCAGAACCCCGAAUACAAACAACCAGUUGAGGGCAUGAACAUGAAACAAUUGUGGAUGGGUGGAAGCGGACCUGUGACGCUUGAGGGGACAUUGAUUGAAACGUUGUUCACUAGUGGUGGAAAUGUUAGUGCACAAGUUAGGGUUCGGAAUGACACAAAGAGACGAGUCCAAGGUAUCAAACUCGGAAUACUCCACAAACUGAUAAUCCUCGCAAACAAGAAUAAAAAAGAAGCAGAAGAUACAAAAGUCAUUUCAGAGACUGUCGCCGAGGAAUGGUUCAAAAAUAAAGAUUUUUUGUUUGAUUGUGGUGAAGAUCGUACUAUUACUGUGAAUCUUCAUGUGCCGAAUACUGUUCGUACAAUCCGGAAUACUGCUCUAUUCGAAGUCACUUGCCAUAUUAUUAUUUCUUUGUAUUUAGGUCCUUUUACUAAGGACCUAUCUGUGGAAUUACCUGCCAGUAUAUGCCACUCGGCUUCACUACAACCGCCUCCCGUUGCUGACAUUGAAUUAAACCAUUUUCCGAAUCAUUAUAACAUGAUCGACGAAACUCGAGACUUUUUCGUGGAGGACAUUCGUAAAGACGACACAGAAGAAUUAAUUGGUAGUCCAUCUCAACCAGUGAACAUUCCACAACGAGUUCACGAAUUACCAUGGAGUAACGCGGCAGCAGAUCAAGAUGCGUAUCGUGGUCAGUACUCGCCAACGAGUAAUUCGGCCGGAUCUAUUUUCGGAUCGGCGAGCCCAAAAAAAAUAGGAUCGCUGGCAUCGUCGAUUCUUGGCCGAGCGACAAAACCAACACCAAGUUCAAGUCCAACAAAACUUAUUCCCAAAUCACCGCCGUUGGCGCCUGCUUCUCCAUAUGCUUACAUUCCGGCUAUUGAACGUGUUCGAUAUCUCGCCUUUCCUACAAAUCAACAAGCCGCAAUUCAAGGCCGAAGAAUACCGCAAUCUUCCUCUCCGAGAGUCGGAUACGGAAUAUACAGUAACGUCACCAUGAAUACUCCACCAGCACCAGGCUCCGAGUAUGAAUAUAUACUACCAGAAUCAAAUGUGUCUAUACAAAAGUGGCUAGAGAAUCAACAGCAGCCUAGUUCACAUUCUGAAUCUCCUGAUCGUGAAUCGGUUAUAAGUAAUUCUGUCGAAAAUUCGCCAUGGGCGAAACUUAAUCGUACCCAGGAAAUGGCAAAUGCCACAUCCGCAUACGAUAACCAACAACAGAAUGCGAUUCCUAUUCCUGUAUCAAAAUCAAGUGAUUUACCCCAAGAUACUUUUCGACGAAAUAGCAGUUUGGUUUCUUCGCCUACGGGUCCAUCGGGGCUUACUUUGUUAAUGAAACAGAAACCAAGACGUCCAUUACCGAGACCGCAUCGUCCACUGCCUAUACCGCCUUCUUCAAAAAUCACUGAGUCGCCGGGACAAGAAACAAUUUUUAAUGAAAAACAAGUCGAGAAGCCAGCAAAAAGCAAAUAUCUGCAAGUACCAGGCGUGCCAGAUUCAGGAAAUGAAAUUUCUGAGGAGAUUGCUGUUCCGGGAGAUAGUGGUGCAAACACUAAUGCGAACGGAAUUGGUGGAUUAUCUUCUCUUUUAAGAUGGGGCACGUCCUGGAUGGGGUAUGGAAAUACCGAAACGCAGAAUAAAGAAGAAACAAUAAUAAAAGAAGCAGCUCUCCAACCAAGCUCAAUAAACAAUAUAAAUGAAAAACAAGAAAUUGAGUCAUCAACUACGAAUCCGAGCGUAAUCCAACCUAUAAAAUCAAUUUUAACUUCCAGUCCCGAUAAAUCAACUCCGAUUUCUAAUCCUGAUAAAGCAGCACUAAAUGUAACGUUCGAAGAUAUUCCACCCAAAACGGAGAAUUUAGAUUCAACAGUUAUCGAAUCAAAAACCGAACCAUCCAGCAACAACAAAAUUUCAGAGAAUUCUACUCCCGCACGCCCUAUCACAAAAGCCUCAAUCUUCGAAGCUCUAGGCCAAAAACCACUUGGUACAUCACCACCGCCAAUCCCGAUAAAAAGUCCCGCCUUGCGAAAAUAUACUCCGACUGGGAAUAAAGAGCUAGCAGCAGCAACACAUUCCAGCCCUCCAAAGCAAAAAGGAUUUCCGCAGGUGGCACGCAAACCAUUAAGCGAAAACAAAUUUUUAAACGAUACUGAUAAGGCAGUUGUCACAGCAGCUGAAACAGAAUACAUUGAUGAGAAACAAGCAUUAAUGCUUAUCGAAAAUAUCGAAAACGAUCUAGUUAUAAUCAGUAAUUCCAAGGAAAAAGUAGAGACGAAGAAGAGUAAUAAUAGUAAUGUGGAAGAAAUGGUGCAAAAUACGAAUUCAACGCCCAUAAUUAAUUCUAAUAAUGACGAAACCAGUACCUUUGUAGCUUCGAGCUCGCCUCCGCCCAUCAUCAAUCCAACAAAGAUUACAGCGGCACCGACAACAUAUGUGAACACUACUUUACCGAAACCUAUAAUAGCUUUAGAUAAAAUAGUCAAACGACGAAGGAAGAAAGUGGGCGUGGAGAACAUUAGCGAAGAGGGUGGAUUGACCGCAAAAAUCAUUGAGCCACCAAAACAAGCGUUGAGCCCACGAAUCUUAAAUCUAAUGAAUCAGUUAAAUAAUGGUGGGGCGUCUAACGAAUCUAAUAGUAAAUAA